AUGAAUUGGUUUAGGAAAAAAGAGUCGAGUGAAAAUAAAACUGUUAAAUCUGAAUAUGACGAUUAUGUAGCACCACCUCCCUUUGGUAAUCAUUUAGCUGCAGCACCAGAAAAACCCAAAUUUAUAAAUGAGAAAAAUUUAACUGAAUUUAAAGGAUUUACACCACCUCCAAAAUUUGAAUUUAAAGAAGAUACGUCAAAUAUGUAUGAUGAAGAUUUUUCUAAGUAUACUAAUAGCGGUAUAGUGGAUUCAUCAGCUUAUGAUGAUAAAAAAUAUCUUAGUUAUGACGAUAAAAACAAUUUUUUUGAUUUAAAUUUAAGUUAUAGAACAAGAGCCUGUUUAGAAAGUAUAAAAAUGGGAGUAAAAAUGGGUUCAAUGGUUGGUGGUAUUUUUGGUAGUUUGACAGGCUUAUAUGCAUCUUUUGCGCAUAAAAAUUUUUUUAUUUUUCCAGUAUCAGUAAUAGGUGGAGCUGUUAGUUUCGGAUUUUUUCUUGGAUGUGGUAUGAUUGUUCGUUGUUAA